GAUGGACCCAAGGCCCACGGCCUUGAAAAACCUGCCCCUCAUUUCAAACCCACCAAUUCCAUCCGAACCCCUAAAAAAAAACCAAUUCUAUCUGAAGAAAAUUAGCAGCACCUAGCCGCCACCGCCGCCGCCGCCGCCGGGAAACAUGGCCGCGCGGCGGUAUACCGAGCACGAGGAGGCGCUCGAGAUCAAGUCCCUCCGCCGCAUCAUCGCCGCCUACAUCAACUAUCAAGAUGCAGCAGAGAAAGAUGUCAAGAGAUAUGAACGUUCAUUCAAAAAGCUUUCUCCUGCCCACAAGGAACUUCUAUUCCACCUUGGUCUUAAGUACCAACGUUUGAGAUGGUGUAUAUCCAUGAAUACAUCUUUUAUCAUGAAUAUGCUUGAGGCAUUUGAACCUCCUUUCGACAUGAGUCAGUGUGUAGAUGGUGAUUGUCAUGAUUGUGCAGAGCACAUGCACGGACAUAGUCAUGCUGAUACCAUAAAUAAUUCCGAAUUGCUUGUUCAGCAUUGUUGCCCAGAGGAAGGUGCAAAUACUAGAGAAACUGAGAAUAAGAAGGAUGAGGAAGUCCACAUGGUGGGCUGCUCCCAGCCUGCUGCCUGCAACUUGGGGAUAUCCCAAGGUGAAGAUAAAUCAUGUAAUGAUGGUAAAGAUGCGAGUGCAGCUGCUAACUGUCAAGAUACAGAUUGCUUUGCAUCUUCUACUGAUGAAAAUGUAACUCCAGGGCACCGCAGGGCUCCAUCUUUGCCACUGGAUGUUCCUCCAGUUGACGUUGACAAAGUAAGAUGUAUCAUAAGAAAUAUUGUGAGAGACUGGGCCCAGGAGGGUCAAAUUGAACGUGAUGAGUGCUAUAAACCAAUUCUUGAGGAACUUAAUCAUCUUUUUCCUGACCGAAGCAGGCCACCUUCAUGUUUAGUCCCUGGUGCUGGGCUUGGGAGAUUGGCUCUGGAGAUCUCUUCUCUGGGUUUUGUAAGCCAGGGAAAUGAGUUCUCAUAUUACAUGAUGAUCUGUUCAAGUUUCAUUCUAAACCACACCCAAGAGGCCAAUGAAUGGACCAUUUAUCCUUGGAUACACAACAAUUGCAAUUCUCUUUCAGACAAAGAUCAACUUCGGGCUGUUUCAUUUCCUGAUAUUCAUCCCUCAAGUGCUGGGAUAACCGAAGGAUUUUCGAUGUGUGCUGGAGAUUUUGUAGAGGUCUACAAUGAGGAAAGCCAAGAAUCUGCAUGGGAUGCUGUUGUAACUUGCUUCUUCCUCGAUACGGCACACAAUAUUGUUGAAUAUAUUGAGAUAAUAUCAAAAAUUCUCAAGGAUGGUGGAAUCUGGGUAAACAUGGGUCCGCUUCUUUAUCACUUUGCUGAUGCCUAUGGACCAGAUGAUGAUAUGUCUAUUGAACUAAGUUUGGAAGACGUGAAAAGGGUAGCUUACCAUUAUGGAUUUGUGAUGGAGAUGGAGAAAAUGAUAGAUACCACUUACACAGCAAAUAUGGUAUCGAUGAUGCAGAAUCGAUACCGCGCCGCAUUUUGGACGAUGAGGAAGGACGCGUCUCGAUCGAAAGCUAAAAAGCGCCAGUGAGGCGAAGAUCCUCCAUCUGGUGUGAAAUUCGCGUCAAAGCUGUUAGAAAUUUAGAAAGAGUGAUUUGGGCCAGUCCCAUUGGUGAUGUUUAUCCUGGGACAAACGAGGAUGAUGUGUUGGUGCGGCCAUUGUCGCACCAUGAUAUACUACUGUUGAUACUUGGACCUCAGAGCGAAAAACUGUGCCGUGAAUCCUGUGAUAUAAUUUGCUUGGGGUCACUUCACUUCUA